CGGAAAUGUGCUUCAUAAUUGUUUUAUUUGGAACUACGUUGUUCACCACCAUCGAACCAGCCCAGUUACCAAGCUACUUUCCAAGAUGUUACCAGGAUGAUCGGAACAUAAAUGAGUGCUUCAUAAACGCUGCCAAUAGUUUAAAUCAAUACGUCAGAAGUGGGAUACCGGAAAUAGGUUUGCGUCCAUUAGACCCGUUCGUUUCUCCCGACUUAAACUUAACAAUCGAAUCUCCUAUCACUGAUAUUGCUGCAUCUGCACAACGAUUUACUUUUUACCGGCUGUACAAUUACCGAUUGAAUUCUGCGGAGGUUCGACCGAAAGAUGGUGCGAUAAAUGGAACAGUUACCUUACCGGAUGUAGGUCUAUCGGCAGAUUACCAAGUUCAUGGACAUAUCGUAAAUCUUCCACUAAGUGGAAGUGGUGACGCAAAAGUAGAAUUUGGAAACAUUAUUUGCGAUUUUCUAAUCGACAAUUGGCUCGAAAAAUUUAGUUGUAACGAAAUCAAAUUAGAAAUGUCAUGCAAAAUCGAAGAUGUCAAGAUGAACCUUACCGGAAUACCCAACGAAGAUGCGACGAAUACACUUAUAAAUCUGAGCUCCAAGUUGGUCGCAUCGGAACUUUCCCCUGCCUAUUCAAACAUUUUUAAGUUACUUUUCAGGCCGUUCCUCAAACGCUUGUGCAGAAAAUACCCACUGGACCAUUUAUUUCCGCUGUCUUCCUAGUGUGACUAUUAAUGAAAUGUUAGCAACUGUAGUAACUGUUACGUGAUAUUUCCCGCGGUAUUUUAAUAGUAAAGUUUUUUGAAAAUCG